AUGUCAUUGAGGUCGGGGUGGCUGUCGAUGACAAAGUGCGUAAAGCUCUACGAACCGUUCGCCCCCCCCCCCCAGCAAGGGGGUCAUAUAAUGGGCCGGGCGAUUCGGGGGGGCUUACAACAUAAACGCCCCUUCACGUGGCACGGCUUACACGUGACUCGGCGUGCAGUUCAGCGACAGGUUAACGUCACGCCGCGACAAGCUAGCGCUGCGAAUCCCGCGCCCCGGGAAAGGUCGGGAUUAUGCUACAAAUCCCGCGAUUUACGCCGAGAUGACCGAGAUUACGAUGAGAUU